GAGGCGCUCUGCUUCCUGCCUGGCGGAGGGAGGGACGGUGCUGAAGGCUGGGAGGUCGAGUCAAACGACAAGAAAGCUUUAGAAAAAGACAGAAAAGAAGGAAAAGGGCCCGGGGUUCUACUUUCCGUCGGCAUUAAAACUUUAGCUCGCCACCGUUCAGCGACCCAAUCUAAUGCAAUGUCGUCCAGUCGUCAGCAUAGCGAGAGCAGGGCCAUUCCGACCAGGACGGUGCUGAUCGACGACUCAACGCAGCUACCUCACGAUUAUUGCACCACUCCUGGAGGCACUUUAUUUUCAACUACCCCGGGCGGCACCCGGAUCAUCUAUGACCGUAAAUUCCUGUUAGACCGGCGCAAUUCCCCUAUAGCCCAGACUCCACCAGCACACCUGCCCGUCAUCCCUGGAGUGACGAGCCAAAACAUCCUGAAUGAGAACAAGAGGAAUGAAGCUAAUAACAUCAAUAACCAUGAUGGCAAACCAGGAACAGGUGAAGAUGCUCAGUUUGAGAUGGACAUCUAAAGAAGAGGAACCAACGUGAUGAGCGAAUAAUAAUCUGGCGUCCACGUGCCAGUGGCUUGGCUUGUAGAAAACACUGUUGUGAGCCCUCUCCUUUAGCUCUCUCUAGCUGUUGGUUGCUAAAUAAUCAUGGGGAUAGUCAACUCCUGUUGGCCCACUGGGCUGCUGGCUCCCUGAAAGUUAACAAAUGAUUGAUUUUGUUUGGUUAGGUUUCAGGUCUACCAACAGUUGUACAGGCUUUGGCUACCCAGCAACGGAAAUGUCUGUAUUUAAGUGCCCAAAUGUAAAAAUUAAUGUAAACAGAUUCACUUGCAAAACAGCCACCAAGAGAUUUCUUCAUGUUAAUUUAGUGCUGCUUUCACAGGAAGAUAAAUGAUCCAAAAUGCUCAGUGGUUGUCUGUCAUCCAGACAUCUACUCAUUAGUGCACCUUCUGUUACCUCCUUGUUGUUUCAUCAUUUUUAAACAGUGUCAACCUUUUCAGUAUAUUUUAUUUUUAUGUCCAUAAAAGGCCUAGUAGCAUUGACUGGCGUCAUGCAUUUUGGUUCAGAUUUAAAGAGUACCAUUGUCAUUUCAAGCCUUUGAAUUGGGCAUUGAUACAUAGCAGGAUCCAUUGGGGGUUUUUUUUUGGGGGGGGGGGGGGGGGGGGGGGCUUUGUUUUAAAAUGUGAUUCAGCAUGGGGUUUAUAAAAUGCCUAAACCAUGGACCUUAAGUAAGAAUGCAGUUGGAAUCCUGCCAAAUUUCCACAACUGCCCCCCCCCUCUCCCCUUUAUUUAAUGCAAAGAGAAAAAAAAUCCAUUAAAAAUAUUGAUGACCAGUUGGUCUUCAGCUAGAGAUACUGUGUUUAAAUUUUCAGAUUGAACCUGCUAGCAAUAUAAUUUGCCCCUGCCUUUGAUUUAUGAGUAAAUCCUGAUGAUACUUGAAGCAUUACCAUCAGCUUAGUGGUCACUGAGUCUAAUAAACAACACAUGCUGUAGUACAAGUGACCCAAAAUUAGUUGUUGGACAAAGGUAAUGACAACAUGCACAGCUUUGGACCAGUGAAUGGUUAAAUAUGAUUUAUAAAUCGGUAAUGAAUAGAAAUAAGCCCCAUUCCAGAGCUGGUCUCAGUAUGCACUUAUGUCAUGUACAAUAUCACUUUUAGCUCAUGCAGGUGAAAUAACAGGGAAGUAUAUGUAUUUAUCAUAAUGUCAGUUGUUACGUCUACUUUUGCUUUCCAUUUGCUAAUAUAUUUACAAACCUGCAACUUCAGAUCAAAGGUAGGAAAGCACUGAAGUGUUGUCAGGAAGUUUGUGCUGCUAUUAUGCAUCACUCAUAAUGCAGUUAGGAAAGUUGUAGCAGCAUUUGAGGUGAUGGAUAGUUGCAGUGACCUGACAUUUGAUUAUUAUUUUUAUUUUUAUUGGUGGAUCAAAAGCUUGAAUGAAACAUUUCCAAUACUCCUCUAUGCAUCUUGUUUAAGCUCUUGUAUAUCUUAUCCUAAGCUCAGAUGUCAGCAUUAUAGAAAUGUUGAUUUUCUGUGAAGUUUCUUAUUUUUGUUUCCUGCUUCCUCAUGGGAAAUGGAAAAGGUUUGAGAUUUUCCACAGGAGAGCAAAGUGAUUGUCUUUCAAAAGUGACUUAAAAGAGAAUACAACUCAUUCUCUGCUUUACACCUUAUGUGCUUAAAUCAUUAAUUUGUCUUGUAACAUAAGUCUCUUUACCCAUGCCUUACUUUACUAAGUGUCACAGCUGUGACGUAAACAAGUUUAGCUCCUUUUUCCCCAAAAUUCUAAUACUACUUUUUUCUUUUUUUUCUUCCUUUUCUGAGUUUAGGAUUAAGAUGUUUAUCAGAAUACAUUUAUAUUUUUGGAGACAUGUUGGUUAUUCUUUUUCUCUGCUUUAGAGGUAAAGGUUUGGGCUUGCAGCAAUAUAUUGGUUGAAAUAAGAUAAUUGAUUUGGGUCAACUUAAAUUGUAACUGAUUGGAUUUAACGGCUCUUUUUUUUUUUUUUUUUUUUUUCUUUUUUAAAGAUUUAACUCGCAUUUCAGAUUUAAACAACCAAUUGGCAAGAUGAAACGUAUGUUAAAGCAGACAGUGGCGUAUUUGCUAAAUGUACACUCGUAAUGUAUUGUGAGCUGUCAAAUCCAGUGUCUUUCAACCCCUUAACUGAAACCUUGUGUAUUUUUUACUUGCCGUAAAAUUCAGACUGAAAUUCAUAAAUUGCCCAUUAGACAUUCCUACAAUUUGUAGGAGCCUUCCCAGAUUAAUUUACCAAAAGGCAAACAAAAAGUGUCAGUCAUUUUUGUUCUGUAACAGAGACCCUGUAAAAUUGACGUAAAUUUGAUUGUAAAUUAAAUUCCAAUGCCAGUGGACACUAUUACAGCAAAAUCAAUAAAAGUUCCUUGGAAAAAAAAAAAAAACCCAAAA